UUUAGAGGAGGCUUGGUCACGUGACCAGUGAAACUAUUCACCGGUCUGCUCUAAAUGGAAGUGAAACAUGAAAAUAUCAGCGCGAAUUUCGCCAUGGAAGCGGAAAAAGUUUUGACAGCAAGUCCUGUAGACUUUUGGCAUGGACAUUAUGUGAUGUUAUUGUCUAUGCUGUUCUUCCAUGGGGUAAAUUCUGUCGUCUGCCGAAUGGGCAAACCAAAAUCAGUUAAGGAAGAUUCAUGGAAAUGGACAAAUUUAGUCGUUUCGUGGGUUCAUGCGCUUAUUGUAGGUGUAUGGGAUUUAAGUUGUUUUAUCCUGUAUCCAGAGUUAACAGAUGAUCUGUUAUACCAUAUAAAUUAUUUUACAUAUUGUAUGGUAGCCGUAUCAACAGGGUAUUUUAUGUAUGAUUUUUUGGAUAUGUUGAUGAAUAAUAAAUUAUUAAAACUAUGGGAGGUAACUCUACAUCAUCUUGCUGUAACAAGUAUUUUUUAUUUUAAUAUUUACAAACAAGCCUAUAUUGCCUUCAACUGUGUCGCUCUAUUAGCCGAAGUGAACUCUUUCUUCCUUCAUUCAAGAAAACUCUUACAGAUGUUACAAUACCAAUUUCAAGAUUCCUUUUAUAAAAUUGUUUGUGUGAUGAACUUGCUGACAUUUUUCGUGUUCCGCGGAAUUUCUCUUGUUUCCAUUAGUCUCUCGAUGAUGUUUUGGCGAGACAGGGUGACGAAGGUUUAUUAUUAUUCCCUAUUUUCCUCCAUGUUUUUUAUGAACGUCAUGAACCCCAUUUUGUUCUGGCGUCUGCUGAAAAACGACUUUUUACGACCUUCGAAAUCCAAGUCCGAAUCAAAGUUGGCGUACGGAGAAAAAGAGACAGUUGUGAUGAACGGAAAUAAUAACGUAGAACAUGUUAAUGAUAAACAUUUAAAAUCAAAUUAAUAUCUUGUUAAAAUUGUUUUUAAAUUUUCGUACUGCUGAGUGAAAUGAUGGAUAACUGUAAGAGUUAUGGCCCCUUUAUGUUAAUAUUUGUUGUAUUAAGGAUUGUUAUGAGUUGAUUACCCCAAAUAAUAUUGAUUGAAUGAUGAAUGUUCCAGAAUUGAAUUACAGCAAUCCCACUGUGGAUGAGAAUCAAGAAAUCACAAGAAUUUCAGACGACAAUAUCGUAACCAAUCAUUGACGCAGAAAAAAGUUCUCCAUAUUUGAUUAAUCCAGCAUACCACAUUACCACUUCUGUUCUGUGUCACUCAUUUGGAAUUUCAUCAAUUUGGAAUGUUCUGAACUUGCAAUUGAACUCAGCGUUCAAAUGGGAAAUUUAAAAGGAUAUAACUCUUGUUAGAAUAUAAUUUUAUUUAUCUCUGGCAUCUCCAGUAUAUAUAAUUGAGGGCCCAUUAUCCAGUUGUAUUUGUUAAUAUGGAGGUAUCGGUCAUCUCCAGUUUAAUUGAGGCCCUAUUAUCCAGCAUGAGCUUUCUACUUGUUUUGGAAGGUUGAAAGGGGCAUAACUCCUGUUGAAAUAUAAUUUGUAUUUGUUAAGAUGAAGGAGUCGGUCAUCUCCAGACUCCAGUGUAUAUAUAUGUGGAUCUAUUAUGCUGCCAAGCAUCCUCCCCAUUGAAAAGGGGCAUAACUCUUGUUAAAAUAUAAUUUGUAUUUGUUAAGAUGAAGAUGUCGAUCAUCUCUAUGUGGAUCUAUUAUUCUGCCAAGCAUCCUCCCUAUUUGAAAGGCGCAUAGCUCUUUGUUAAAGUAUAAUUUGUAAGGGGCAUAACUCUUGUUUAAAUAAAGUUUGUGCUUGUUAAUCUGAGGACCUAAUGUGAUGUUUAGUACUAAACAGAGUUGUUUAAUUUAUUGUGCUGUUCGUAAAGCGCACGGUUGUUUUUAAAAUAAUUAUUGUCUAUAGUUCUCACCAUCAUUUCCAAAUUUUCCAAAAUAUCUUUGCACAAUCAUAACUUCAUUUUUUUAUCAUGAUCAGUUGACAUUUUGUUUUAAUGUUUUAAUUCAAGCAACAAUAUAACCACAUUGUUUUUUUUUUCAUAUACAUUAAAUAUACCAAUGGUAAUUUCGCUUUAAUUUGUAGGGGUUGGGUGGCCAAUUGGUUAACUCAUGCAUGCUGCAUCACAAGGUCUGUCAUUGAAUCAAGUAGUGUAGUUUCGCUUCCCCGCUUGUCCAACCUUGUGCGUUUUCUCUGGGUCCUUCAGUUUACUCUCACUGCUAAAGACCCCUACGCGCAAGCAAAUUAUUAAAAUAAAAUUAAACCAUUUGUUAGUCCCAAAAUGACCUAGUUUAUUUUUAUGUGGACUGAACCUGACCUCUCUCUCUCUCUCUCUCUCUCUCUCUCUCACACAUCACUGGCUCUAGUCAGGAAAACUUGAAACUAAAGUAUUUUAAGAAUACUGAUGGCUCAUUGGCUAAACACUUGAAUCAUUGCACAAAUUGUUGCUCUUGGCCAAUGAAAACGCUGCAUUCUUAAAUAAUAUCCAAUUGCUUAAAACAUCAAAGCCUGCCCAUGAUAAAAAAAAUCUUAUUUAACAGAAAAGAUUUACAUGUAGCUUAUCUAGAUUCAUGUCGCACUUUAAAGCAGUUAAAAGAGAGAGUUAUACUAUUAGCUUUGCUCUUCCAGUAGAUCAGUUAUCCUAUUAGCCUUGCUUAUCAAGUACAAUUUAGCUGAACAUACAUUAUAUUCUAUUACGUAUAUAGAUGUCAAUUUCUUGUAUUAUUAAAUAGCUUGCCGAAGUUUACAAACUUAGAUUUGUCAGAUAUCGCCAUGACUUAUUUUUACUUUACAUUUUUAUUCUGGGGAUUUUUUUUUUCCUCCCCAUUUUUGUAUGGUGCCAACAGUUAUAAAAUUUUAAAUGUUAUUUUAAAGAUAGAAUUGAAUUAACUAUAAAAGAGGAAUAAUUUUGUAAUGUAGGCUUUGUUAGAAAAUUUAUCUAGACUAAAUUUUACUUUGACUAUAAAUUUAUAUUUUGGAGUGUUUUUCCUCCCUUAUCCUACACCAACAAUAUGAUUACAUCAAUUUUAGCUUGUAAUUUAAAGAUUUAAUUAGAAAAUAUAAAAAAUAAGUUAUUUUUGAAGAUUACAAUGUUGAAAGUGAGAUAUUGUUUAAACUGACUAUAUUUGCUCUGUUCUGAUUUUUAAUGUUACAGAUAGGGCCUAGGCCUGUAUAAGUUUAUCCUACACAAACAAUAUGAUGUCAUCCAUUUUAAAUUUUUAUUUAAAGAUUUAAUUAGAAAGUAUGAAAAAAGAAUUAUUUUUGAAGAUUACAAUGUUGAAAGUUAGAUAUUAUUGUUUUUAAGGUUCUAUAUUUGCUAUGUUCAGAUUUUGAAUGUUACAGAUAGGCUUGUAUAAGCUUAUAUAUUUUUUAUGAAAAAAUAAAAGUGCAAAUAUAGGGUUUUUUAGAGAAUAUUUUCUCUGUUCAGAUUUUUUAACACUGGGACAGGUACAUAUAUAUUUUAUGAAAAAGUAAAUAUUUUUGAAACAGUCUAUAUUUGUAUCUGACUGAACAAAAAAUAUUUUAUAUAUUAUUUAAUGAAUAUCUUUGAAAUGUAUAUGAGAGUUGUCUUUCCUUAAUAAUUAUUGCAAUGUUUUAUUAUAAAUAAUCCUUCCCACACCUCAAAUUAAGUUUUAUAAUUAUGAAAUGUAUCGAAUGGGCACCAAAAAUUGGAUCAUUCUUUACUUCGGUGCAACUUUCAUAAUGUUUGUACUGCAAUAAUAAUAUUUUGCACAUUAUAUCGGAGCAUUGGUGGCUCAGUUUGUUAGACACUGAUUGGCUAACGUGGUGGCCGAGAAAGUUCCAUGGGAUUUACCAGCUUGGAGCCACAACUGAGGGCCUAGCAAGGAACAUUACAGCAUCAAGUUGUUUGGAUGGUAUGAAAAAAAAACCCUUGACAGUUUAAGAAAUAAGAAUAGGCCGUAGCACCACUGUCCAGGCAAAAUUUCUCUGAAAGUACACUGCAUGGUUUAUGCCUAUCCUUAUUAGCCCAGUUGCAGCAGAAAAGUAGGAUGUUAAACCCCAUUUCAUUUCAUUUCGCAUUUUAUAUCAUAUGAAUUAAACCGGUAUGUUUGGAACAGUAAAAAGUUCAAGUUGAAGCCAAAUAAACAGUGUGCCAGCACAGGUAGUUUGGGGGAGUUUCCCACCGAUAUACAUAUGGUUACAGACCAAUGUAAAAUCAAAGUUCGACUAAUUUUUUGGGCGGACCACUAUAUAAAUCAUUUACCGUAUCUAUUUGCUAAAUCAUUGAAUACCAAAUAGAACAUUUCCAUCCAAUUUUAUAAUUUCAACCCCUCCAGUUAUUUAUUGAUUUUUUUAUUUUAAUCCAUGUUUCUUGUCACUGUGCUAUGAUUUUUAUACUUGUCUUUUAUCUAAUUCGAAAUUGUUACUUUUAAUGUGAACUUGCUACUUUUAAUCUGAAAUUUGCUUUUUUUAAUCUGAAAUUUGCUUUUUUUAAUCUGAAAUUUGUUAAUUUUAAUCUGAAAUCUGCAGCUUUUAAUCUGAAAUUUGCUACUUUUAAUCUGAAAUUUGCUUCUUUUAAUCUGAAAUUUGCUUCUUUUAAUAUGAAAUUUGCUACUUUAAAUCUGAAAUUCGUCAUGAUUCCAUCUUGUUACUGUUAAUCCAUUAAGUGCGUAGGUCAUUAUAUAACGUCCUGGGCAACUGCCAUUCACUGUGUGUAGGGUGUAAUAUAACGCCUUGGAGGUAUUUUCCCCAACCUAUUCUUAGAACAUAGUUCAUCACUUGGGGGAAUCACUUGGGAAUUCCCCCAUGAUCGCAGGAUGUGUAGGACGUUACAUUACAUCCUGGACAACUGCCAUUCACUGUGUGUAGGGCGUAAUAUAACGCCUUGGAGGUAUUUUCCCCAACCUAUUCUUAGAACAUAGUACAUAGUUCUUUGUCACUUCGUCAAAUUAAUUACACAAUAGGGGGUAGUUAACGUUUUAAAAAUGUCAUGUUUAACGGGUUAAUCAGAAUUUGCUAUGAUUAUUGACAAAUUGGUACAGACAUGUGAAUUCACAUACCAUAAAUAAAAACAUGAACUAUGAAUUUAAUUUGCAAAGUGUCCAUGUGUUAUGCACAUUUUGAAGUGGAAGCCCUUUUAUGACCCCAUCUAGUUAUUUCUUUUAUCAGACUUUGCUAUGAUUUAUUCCAGUAACAUGGUAGUUGAGUCUUGAAAUUGUCUCCACUUUGACUACAACUGGGGUGGGGUGGGGCUUGGGUGCUCUAGUGGUUUAACGUGUGUCUGUCAUUGAGUCAACUGGCGUGGUUUUGAUUCCCCGGUUGUACGUGACAAGGAGUAGAGUUGCCUGUCCAACCUCGUGGGUUUUCUCCGGGUCCUCCGGUUUCCUCACACUGCUAAAGACCCCUACGCGCAAGCGAAUUAUUGAAAUAAAAUUGAACCAUGACCAAUUUUGUGUAUAGUAGAUUUUCAGAUGUGGUUCCCCAUUGUCAGUUCCCCGUUUUAUUUCAUUUGCGUUGAAAGAAUAAAUAGUUAAUGUUGAUUGUUACAGUUUCAUUUUUUUUAAAAAAGCAACAGAAUUCUUGCUAUUCAGGGUGGUAGAAUUUAAACUUCUAGAUAUAUUUUAUGAACCUCUGUUAUAUACAGUUAUUUUUAUUUUUCACCAAGACUUUUAUAGUUUUACUGAAAAUUAAUUUUUUAAAAGUAGAUCAUUGUAAUUUUUUUUAGUUUUAAUUUUUCUAGUUUUAUUUUAUUUAGAAUUGAGAUGCAAAUGAUAAAAACAGAGACUAUUUAAUUGUAUCUGUAAAUAAAUAAAUAUAUGCUUGCAACACAUUUGAUUUCACUGUAUAAUUAAAGCCCAAUUGGGUUUCACUUUAACCGAAAAUGUUAAGUUUGAAGUUGCCGAUACUGAUUGUGCAUUAUUCAGAAAAUAAAAACUGUUUUACAGCUAAAAUUUACUGAAAUUGAUUGUUUAAAUUUCAAUUAAGAAAACAAAAUCAAAAUAAUCUCCUGGCUUGAAUUCAAUCAAUCCAAAAAAAAAAAGAGGCCCAUCAAAAGAAUUUAGAUAUUUUUCUAUUCAUCAUCUCAUUGUAAAUACUGAAUGCAGCAGAACUAUUUUUAUAGUAUUCUGGUUUGCAAGGGAUUAAAAAUCCCUUUAACAGCAACUUUGUCUGCAAAAUCCAAUAGAUUCAUAUAAGAUUGCUUAUUGUCAAUCAAAAACACAAAAUACCACAUUAUUUUUUAUUAUCAAAUCAAAUGUUUGAUUGUAAUACAAUUUGUAUUGUAAUUCAGUCUGUAUUGUUUGGUUGUAUUGUAAUGCAGUCUGUUUUUUAAUAUAGUCUGUGUUGUUAUUCGGCCUGUAUUGUAAUUCAGACUGUAUUGUAAUUCAGACUGUAUUGUUUGGUUGUAAUACAGUCAGUAUUGUAAUACACAAGCCUGGAAAUAAGGCACCUGUCACAGACAAUGUCAGGCACGGAUUCAGGCUUUUUCAGGCACUAAACCUCUGGUGCCUGUCAUUUUGUCCGGCACUGAUUUAUCUUUUUUAUUGAUAUUAUUAAUACAUGUCCGGCACUAAGUUGAAAAUGUCAGGUACUUUUUCAUUAGUGCCUGACAUUUUGUCAGGUACAUGUAAAACCGUUUUUCCAGGCCUGGUAAUACAGUCUGCAUUGUUUGUAAUCCAGUCUGAAUUGUUUGUAAUACAGUCUGUACUGUUUGUAAUACAGUCUGAAUUGUUUGUAGUACAGUCUGCAUUGUUUGUAGUACAGUCUGCACUGUUUGUAAUACAAUCUGAAUUGUUUGUAAUACAGUCUGUACUGUUUGUUAUAUAGUCUGCAUUGUUUGUAAUACAAUGUGCAUGGUUUGUAAUACAGUCUGCAUUGUUUGUAAUACAGUCAGUAUUGUUUGUUUGUAAUUGUGAAUAAUAUAACCAGGGUAGUUCUUGUUUUUGAUAAAUUUAUAUAGUUAUAAUUAUUGACAACCAUUUCAAAAUAAUCGAAAUCCAGACUUCUGUCUAUUCGUCUGCUGGUCAUAGAAUAAUUUUCAAAUUUCUGAUUUGAUUUUGAAGUUACAUUAGCAAUGUUUGAAAUUUGACCGCAAGCUAAAUUUCCAAAAAAUCUGUGAAUCUCUUUUGAGAUAUACACGUACCGGUAUUAAGUUUCAAGUUAUGGGCUGUGCAAACUUUUUAGUGGUUUUUAAGAUGUUUGAUAAACAUCUGUCAAAAUUACCCAGCUUUAUGUCAGUUCAAGUUUAGUUUCAAUAUGAUUUUAUUGAAAAUUAGGUGGGUUGGAUGGCCGAAUGGUUAAGCGGGCUUGCGCUGUAUCAUAAGGUCUGUCAUUGAGUCAACUGGCAUGGUUUCAAUUCCCCGGUUGUACGUGACAAGGAGUAGGGUCGCCUGUCCAACCUCGUGGGUUUUCUCCGGUUUUCUCCCACUGCUAAAGAAAGACCCCUACGCACAAGCGAAUUAUUGAAAUAAAAUUGAACCAUGUUAGUCCCGAAAUGAAAUGACGUAGUUUGUGUCGAGUGGACAUUAAACCCCAUUUCUCUCUCUCUAUUGAGCACUUUGAUGUGACCCAGGGAGCAGUAAUUUCAGUUAGUUUAAGACUGUACAGGUGCUAACGGGUUACCUAGAAACUGGGCUGGCCAGUUUCUAUUAUAUAUAUUUUUAUCUCUUUAUCUCUAGUCAGUAAAUAGAUAGUAUUAGUGAUAUCUACAGCUUUAUUAUAUUUUAUAGAUGUUAUAGUGGGUGGAGCCAGGACUCAGACCAAUUGGGAAAUUACUUUCUUGGCUUUGAAGCACACACAGGUAUGCAAAGACAAUUCUUUGCUCGCGGCUUCGCUUAGUGGAGUAUAAAUCAACCUUUAUAGAUACCAAAGUUACCCUGUCUGUCUACAAGUAAUUCUGCUUGGGAACGGACACGAAGCUAAUUGACCUAACAUUUUAAUUUCUAAAUCAACAAUUUUAGUUGAAAACACUAAGCAUACUUCAAGGAUUUAUAGAAGUAUUUAUUCUGCUUCCAUUUAAUAAAAUCGAAAUUGUAUAUUUUAUUUACUCUUUGUGUUUAUAAAGGAUGUAAAACGGAUUAGAACGACAUUACAAAAUAGUUUACUGGCAGAGAUCUUUUCUCAGAUAGCUAUUCUGUGUGCAUAAUGCCUGCUAUAGAGAUGGAGCCAGGAUUCAGACCACUUUGGAAAAAUUGUUGAGAAACUAAUUUUCUUAUGAAAAGCUAAUGAAUAGCAAUGAAGCAAUUAUGUCCUACAAUAUAUCAAAUUAGAUCUUUGUAUUUAUAGCUCCCCUAUCCAUUGUAUUUGGGGGUUGGUGGUCGAGUCAAAAGGUCUGCCAUAGAGCAUGGACCUCAUGCAUAGAGCAAGUUAAUUACUGAAAUUAUUUAUAAAUAAUCUAACAUCCUUCUACCAUUAUCAGCAUUACUAAUUAACUUGUCUAAUAUAACACAAGCUAUGAUUUUAUGGAUACACAAUUACUCAGUAUAUUAGUAUUUCAACAAGAACACUUGUAUUUAUCACGGAAAUGCUAUUAAUUUCUGUAACCGCCAAAAUAUUAACCAUUACCACAGUAGUACACACUGAUAGAACAGUUGGAAGGUCAAUUUCAUUUGUUGAAAUUACACAUGAUUUAAAAGAUUUUGCUACUUUUUUUAGCGAUUUAAAAGAUUUUGCUACUUUUUUUUAGCGAGAUCGAACACAAUGUUACUGUUUUAGCCUUCUACUAGUCCUUACUGGAUGAAAUGCAGUUGUCUCCCCUUGUAGCAAUGAUCUGUUAAAAGUAGUUAAAUUUGCCUGUGAUAUAAGUAGGCCUUGCUAUCUGUGUAUUAUAUUAUAUUUUUUUUUAUGUUUUGCACUUUGCAGUAAACUUAUCAUUUUUAUGUUUUUCUCUUUGCAAUAAAUUUAUAUUUUAUGUUUUGCGCUUUGCAGUAAAUUUUUAGGGCAUUAUAUAGGCAUUUAACAUCCAAAAAAAUCUGUGACCUCUGUAGGGUCCUUUAAUGUGUAUUAAAACACAAUUUGAUAAUUUUGUGCCACUCUCUCUCCCUCCUGCUGUAAUUUACUCGUCUUUAAGCCCAGGGAUAUAAUAUAAAUACAUAUAAACUGUGCAGUUUUAUAUUAUCUCCCUUGAAACACUUGGCUGCCGUUUAGCUUUCUUUUUUUCUUUGCUCAAAUAUAUAUAUAUAGCUCGCCUCCUGUUUUGCUAUUGAUCUGUUGCCAUGGAAAUAAAAGCUGUAUUUUUAUAUAUGAUUUAAUUGUAUAAUUUGUAUUAAUAAAUAGACAGAAAUAA